AUAUAAGAGUAUUUAUCAUGGUUCUGUAUCAGCAACAAAAUCCACGGAAAUUAUUAAAUGGAUUCUUUGGUGGCAUUAUUCUUUCUCUAUCUUUUUUAACUUUCUACUAUCAUCCACUGAAAUUAAUUAUAGAUGCGAAAAUGAAAUUACGUAAUGGAUCCUUAAGUUUCGAUUUAUGGAGAGAGCCACCAUAUACGGUAUAUUUAACUGUUUAUAUAUUCAACUUUACAAAUCACGAAGCGUUUGAACGCGGUGAAGAACAUAAACUAAAAGUGGAAGAAAUUGGUCCAUUUGUUUACCAAGAAUUUUUAACAAAUAUGGAUCCACAUUUUUAUGAAAAUGGAACACUAUCAUAUGAACCAUCACGGAAACUCGAAUUUCUACCACACUUGUCAAUUGGUAACCCAGAAGAUAUAGUGAUUAAUGUCCCAAAUCUUCCGUUAUUGGGGAUUUUAUCAGCUUUAGAUCGUUCAUCAAUGUUUCUAAACUUAGCCGUGAACCAAUUAACAACGUUUUUAAAUUCCCAGCCAAUGUUAAAUUUAACAGUGCAUGAAUAUUUGUGGGGCUAUGAUGAUCCCUUAAUUAAAUUGGCAAGUAAUGUUCUACCAAGUUGGAUUAACUUUGAAAAAUUGGGUAUUCUCGAUCGUAUGUUUGACGAUGGCAAAAAUAUUGUUACUAUAAACCUAGAUGCGUCGAUAAAGCCAUCGAAGAAUCCAUUAUUAACAGAUGUUGAGCGUAAUCGAAAUUAUGGCAUACAAUUAUGGAAUGGAUCUCCUGGACUAUCACAUUGGGGCUAUGUUGAAGUUAACGACACUUCACAGAUCACAAAACAUCCAGCAAACACUCGAUGUAACAUGAUUGAAGGCGUGUAUGAUGGUGUUAUAUUUCCAAAACCAAUAACACAUGACACAGUAUUUCGAGUAUAUCGUAAAGCAUUUUGUCGAACACUACCAAUUGUUUUUGAUCGCGAAGGCAAGUCCCCAGAUGGAUUACAAGCAUACUUCUUUAAAAUGCGUGAAGAUGCAUUUGAUACUCCAAUAAAUAAUCAUGAUAACGAAUGCUACUGUAGACAUGGCCGAUGUUUGCCACGUGGUUUAAGUGAUAUUACUCCCUGUUAUUAUGGAAUACCAUCAGCAAAUAGUCAACCACAUUUUUAUAACUCAGAUCCAAAACUUUUCGAAAGAAUCGAAGGACUACAUCCCAACAAGGAAGAUCAUGACAUCUCUAUCAUUUUACAUCCGCAAUUAGGAAUACCAUUAUGGGCCAAGUCACGUGUACAAACCAAUUUGGUUGUCAGAGAUACUAAAUAUAAUGCAAAAACAAGGCCGUAUAAUAAUAUUGUCUUGCCUGUUUUUUGGAUGCAAUUGUCAAUUGAAGAAAUUCCUCAUUGGAUGGUACUCGUAAUAAAAUUCAUCGAAAUUUCACCAUACAUUGAGCUCACAUUCGCAAUAUUGUUGGGUAUUAUUGGAUUAUCGUUCAUCAUUACUGCAGUAAUUAGAUCAAUUUGGAUUCCGGAAAUUACAACACAUCCCGAGAAACCUGCAGGUAGAAAAAUUUCAUCACCAACGCAUUCAACGUUGCAUAUUGAUUAUUCCCCAGUGAAAAUAAUUCCAAUACAAUCAAAAUGUGCAUAUUUUGAUCGUGAAUCGAACUGUUGAGUAAUGAAUACUUAAAAAUACUUUUUUUUCAAAUUGUGAGUGCGUGAUUGUGAAAGAAAUGAAAAUAGCGCUGUGAUAAUUUAAAAUAAUAUAUUUAGAAAGUGUUUCUUAAAGAUAUGAUAAAAUGGUUAGUUAAAAAGAUUAGUUCCAUAUUUUUAACUUAUAGUUACGUAAUUUGUAAGGUUUUAACUGAAUAUUGUUUAGUUCGAAUUUAGGAACACUACUGUUUUUUCAAUACAAAUAAGUAAAGGGCGGAGAAGUUUUGACGUAUUUCCAAAUAUAAGUUUAAUUUAAAAUGCGAAAAUAGUCGGAAUACCUCCGUUAUUAGUACAAAAGCAGAUUAGUAUAUUCUGCGAUUAAGAAUAAAUUUGUUUAAAAAAUAGAGCAAGAGUUUUUUAAAGAACUUAAGUAAGUUCAGUUCUCAUGACACUGAAUGAAUAUUGUUUAAGUAACGGUGUAUAAAUUAGAUAUUCAGGCAUUACUAAAAUAACUGACAGGCCCUUAAGAUUAGAGGUAACACAGAAAAAGAAAUUAAUUUUAAAUGUAGCUUACCAUCCUGAAUAAUAAUUUUAAUGGAGUUGUAACCUGUAAGAAGGCUAUUCCACCAGAAGUAAAUUGAAUGGAGGUCAGUUUUCCCAAAAAGGCUGUUAUAAUUUUGGUUUGAUUUACAAAACCGAUUUUGAGGACAUCCUGUAGACAGUUAUGAUUUUGACAAAAGUACAAAAAAUAAAGCCAUUAUGUAAAAUGACAGUUGUUUUGGAUGAACAGGAGGCAAUAUAGUGAUCGAAAUUUCACAAAUAUGAAAUUCCCAUUUAUUUUCAAUUAAGUUUUAUAACAGUAUACCUAAGGCUCGAUUUUUAAACAAAUUUGCAAUUACUUUUAAUGCUCAAAUAAAUCCAUUCCAUGACAUUCCAUUAAUUUUUUUUUUAUAAAUUCUCUGUGGAUAGUUUUAAAUUAAAAAUUUUUUUUAUGUAAAAUAUAACCCAUGACACUGGUGGAGUAUAUAUAUGAUGUAAUAUAUAUGAUGCUUAACAAAUUAAAUCUUGCCACUUAAACUAUUACUAGCACUCUACCAGCAAUUUGAUCAAUAAAUGUUGCCAGACCAUGACAGUACAAGGCAAAAAUUUUCUAGUUCCAGUCAACAGGCUUGGUGCCAGACGAUUGCUAUGUUUGGAUACUCGCAAUGUCUAGGCUCUAAUACAAAAUGUAUGAGACUACUGUCAAGCGCUCAUCAGAAUGCCUUAAAUUUUAAAUUUAAGGGAGGAAUGAAUAGUUUAAUAUUACUUAUAAACUUAUUUUUAUUACGUGAAACAAGUGAUGGUGCUGAAUUUGUAACUGUCUGGCGAUUUAAAUUUUGAUUUGUCAUUAAAAUUGUAGUCAAAGUGUAGCAAAAAUUCUUCAAAACUUUUGUCACACUGAAAUACAUUUGGGCACAAACUGCUAAAGCUCUAAUGCAAACUGUGUCACAAAAUUUUAUGUUAUUGCUGAAAAAUAUUUAAAAAAAAGUAUAGAUAUCUACGCAAAUUGAUUAGACUAGAUCUUUAUAUAAAAUCUUUUCUUCGGUGUAAUUAUACAUUUCUACAACUAAUUACUGUAAUUGUACAACUUUUGUUUAACAAUAUUUUGCUGCAAGUUUGCUAGCUUGAUUUGUAGAGUUAGUUGUACACAAAUUAGUUUUAAAUUACUUUGAUACGUAAUUUACUGGAUUACAAGUUAAUCUUUUUCAAAAAAUUCCGAUCAAAAUGUGGUCUGUGGCAGUGCUCUAUAGUCCGAUAAAUUCGAUAAUCCGUCUAGCAAAACGUUUGUCGAAUUAUUGCUGGUCCACUGUAUUGUGUUUUUGAUAGACCGUUAGAAUCGCGUCUUAUUUAUUCUGACUUGUCUCGUUGGCUAUUCAUGAAUCUUUAUAAGCAACUUCUGUAUUGAUACGUAUUAUAAGUUGCCUAUAUUGCUUAAAAUCAAUCAACAAUUUCAUGUUAA